AUGACAGCGAAUUGGGUUGAAGACCAAAUGUCUAGGCCAGAAUGGUCACUAGAAUUCUGGGACCCAGAUAUCGUUAAAACUCUUUCAGUGUCUAAAACUCCCCUCACAUUUCCCCUCUUCAACAACCUCCCUAAAGAGCUCCGUGAACAGAUUUGGGAUUUGGCACUACCAGGUCCCCAGGUAAUAACCAUCACACUUGUCCACGACGAAGAGACGAUUGCCGGAUCCCCAACCGAGAAAGAAGGGACUUACGGAACAGUCACCCGCCUAGUUGAAAAAUGCCACGCCAUCUACGAUUUCCCUUCCCUCCUCCUCGUCAAUUCAGAAUCUCGUGAACGAGCACUAAGACACUACAUACUGUGUUUCGAAGACAACUUCAUCUACCCAAUUUACUUUGAUGCCACUCGAGAUACCCUUCAUCUUGACAGCUGCAACACUCUUACUGCAUUCAAAUACUUUAUCUGGUCCCGAGAGGACCUACAGACCAUGAAGGAAACUCGCUUCCUGGGUAUUGGAGGGAAGAUCGCUUUAUGGUUUAGCUUCAUGGGCAUGAAACGGGAUAGUGCAAGUUGUCUUCUUCUUUUUGAGAAUCUGGAGACUUUGAGUUUUGAGCAGGGGGAGGAGGGUGAUCUUAUGUUUGCUGGGAGAGCGUAUGAGGAUCGGAUCGUGAAUUGGCUUGAGAGCUGCUGGAGACACGUGCGGAUGGGCCUUCUUGCUGAGAGCGAGAAUGGAAGUGAUUCUGAUGAAGUUGGAGAGGGAGGGGUAGGGAAUGUAGGAGUAGAGGAUGGUCAUCAAGAUGAUGCUACUUCUUCUGAUGGAGAUAUCGUACGAGGGCCUGUGGUGAGCGUUCCGAAAAUCACAUUCAUGUCCAGACAAAAGAUGCAGGAUCUGGGAAUGUGUCUGUUAUGGGAAGGUUGA